AUGGCCGUCAAUGCAAUGCUGGAGGCCACCGUACGAAGGCAGGCUUCACAGGUGGCUCAACUGAAGAAACAAUUAAAACUUAACCAAGCUAAUGGACAUGAAGAGAUUGCCUUACUGGUAGAACCUCAAAAACAAGAGUUGGCAGAUUUGUCAGAGGAUGAAUGGGAAAAGGAUAAGGUGUUUCAACGCCUGUGUCAUUUGACAGACAAGAUGCUAGAACAGGCACAAGCAGCUGUGGUCUUUGAAUUCAAAAGUCUGGGACGUGUGAUAACUCAUUAUGAGGAUGUAGAUAUAGAUAUAGAUGUAGAUAAAGAACAAUCCGAUAUACCUGAAUACGAUGAUGUUAAUGGCAAUACCAAUACCAAUACCAAUACCAGUGUCGAUGCUGAUGAUGAUAUUGAUAAUGAAUACAAGCAAGAACCAGACACGCCGGUUGUAGAUAAGCCCUGUACAGAUAAACCUCGAAUUGAUAUACCACCCAUUCUACUCACAGAGAGUCCAACCACUGUAAAGUCAAGUCAUUCUAAAGAGCGCAACGGCCGUGCUCCAAGACUCCCAAGCAACAGCAGCUCAUUUCACAAAGAUAGUAACACACUUGAUCCUCGCAAACCUCAUUCUUCAUCAACAUCUUCCCUCACUCUUUCAUCUGCACCUACUAAAAAGAAGAUCCCUACUCUUAAGAAACGGCCAGGGACAUUAAAAUAA